AUGUAAUAAAUACUAAAUACUAUUGAUAAAGUCGAUAUUUUUGGGGUUCCUGUAAGCCUUUUAACCGCGGCUAAGGCAUCCUUAUAUCAAAGCAAGCUUGGUGGAUUAAUUACUAUUUUGAUUGGAGGGAUUAGUUUAACAUAUUUCUUAUAUGUUAUCAUAUAAUGGAUUGAUCAUCAAAUACCUGCUAUUGUUAGUAUUAAAUAACAAACUAUUUCAUAUGCUGAAUUUUAGUUGUCAGACUCUAUAAUUUAAUUAGAAUUAUAAGAUUUUUCAGGAGAUGUUGAUCCUUUCAGAAAAGAAAAUAAUAUCAUUACUCCUAAUUUAUAUCGAAUUUUGAAUACAACAAUAAUUGAUAAACCAAUCCCAAUAUUUAGUAGUGAAGAUAAGCCAUUUAAAAUAUCAAUUGAUAAUGGUACUAUUGUGUUAAAUCAUGAUUUUGUUGGAGUUGGAGAUCAUUUUUAAAUGACCCAAUUGUUGCUUGUUUUAGAAGGCUGUUCUAAUUUGACUGCUGUAUCUGGAAGUUAUUGUGCUGAUGAAAAUGUAAUAAAUGAGUAUUUAACAAAAUUUCAUGGGUUUUUAUUUUUAACAAUUAGAUUAAAUUAACUUAAGUAUUCUGUAGGAGAAUUAGAAGAUAUAUAAAAGGUUUUAUUAUUCAGCAAUCCAAUUAUUCUAAACCCUUUAUAAUCAUAGGGUGUUGCUUAAAAUAAUAACAAACUUGGUGUCCGUGGUGGGAGUAUUAUCUCCCUAAUAAAUACUUCCUUUUAAUUCCUGG